CAGCCCUACCAUCCUAAUCGAUGGGCGGAAACCAGAUACGAUGGCCACAUAUCACUAUCGAUGGUAACAACGUCGACAGCCAUCCCUAAUCUUCCCUGAGAACCAGGCAGAUAUUGCGACAGCCGCCUCCCUGCUGCCGUAUUCCGCGGACUCCGCCGAGGUGUAAGAACUAAGCAGCAGCAAACAGCAACAUGGCCGGAGACUGGCAGACGGCGUGCGAUACCUACAAGCGGGCGCGCACCGCCUCCGAGCUGGACUCCAAGACCGACCCGGAGACUGAGCCCUAUCGCUCUAAGUACCGUGCCCGGGAACUUCUGCGGGAAAUGCGGGCGCUGCUGGGCCCGCUAGCGGAGGAGGAGAGCGGGGAGAGCCAGGCGGGGACGCAGGGGGAGGAUGAGGAUGAAGAGCAGCGGCUCCUGGCUGCCCGUCUGGCGGUCAUUGAGUUCCUGCUGGGGGUCAAUCACACGGAGACGGAUGAGAUGUCAGCCGGGGAGGAGCACCUGGUGAAGACGGUGAGGAUGGUGGAGAGAUACCGGCUGUCGCCAGACUGCGUCUCCGUCUACAUGCAGGCGCAGAAUAAUCUUGGAAUACUUUGGGCUGAGAGAGGAGAGCUGAUCAUAGCUCAGACAUAUUUAGAAUCUGCCGAGUCCUUGUAUGGCCUAUAUAUGAAAAAGAUUGGAACACCCCCAGUUGAUCCCGACGAACAUUUCUCACCUGAGGAGCAAAAACUGACAGAACAAGAGAGAUCAAAGCGCUUUGAGAAGGUGUUCACCCAUACCUUCUACUAUCUAGCUCAAGUCUACAAGCACCUGAAGCAAGAUGAAAAGGCGGCACAGUACUGUCAUACAACUCUCCAAAGGCAGCUGGAAUAUGAUGGCUACAACCCAGUAGAGUGGGCAAUCAAUGCUGCCACUCUGUCACAGUACUAUCUAGUAAAGCAAUGUUAUAUGGAGGCCAGGCACUGCCUUGCUGCAGCCAAUGUCAUCUUCAGCAAAGCUGGACCAAACCCUUCCCCUGAAGCUGCUAAGGAAACAGAUGAAGCAGAAGAGGAACGCCUUGAUCUUCUAACAGAAAAGAAGGCCAACAUAGCGAGAUGCUGGGUGAAAUAUUGUCUCAAUUUAUUGCAGGAUGCACGCAAAAAGCUUGAGGACAAUAUUGGGGAACUUGACGUUGACCUUCAAGAUGAACUUAAAGCUGAACGUAGAAAGGAAGAAGAUGAGAAGGAGAAGGGCCGGAAGAAGACGGUCCUCUUUGGAUCAAAUGACAUAUAUGAUUCAAUUUUAGCUGCAGAGGAAAAAGUUGACUGUUCACUUCCUCUAGAUUUCAAAGAAGCCAGAGAGGUAUUUUUAGUGGGGCAGAAUUAUAUAAAUGAGGCCAAAGAAUAUUUUCAACUGGAUGGACACGUUACUGACCACGUUGAAGUAGUCCGGGACCACAGUGCUCUAUUUAAGGCUCUGGUUUUUUUUGAGGAAGACUACGAGCGGCGGUGUAAAAUGCACAAACGUAGGAUAGAUAUGCUAGAACCGGUAUGUAAAGAGUUAAAUCCUCAAUACUACCUCCUGGUUUGUAGACAGCUUCAGUUCGAGCUGGCUGACACCUAUUAUGAAAUGAUGGAUUUGAAAGUAGCUAUAGGAAAUAAACUAGAGGAGAUGGACUCUCACACAAUCAAAAAAAUCAACAUUCUAUCACAGUCAGCAAUUAAGUACUAUGAGAUGUUUCUGGACUCUUUAAGAAACCCGGAUAAGAAGUUCCCUGAAAAACUGGAGGAGGAUGUCCUCCGUCCUGCAAUGGUGGCCAAGUUCCAUAUUGCGCGUCUUUACGGAAAACUCAUUACAUCCGAUGCUAACAAACAAUUGGAAAACAUGCAGAAGUCUCUCAAUUAUUACUCUUUUAUUGUAGAUUACUGUGAAAACCAUGAAGAAGCUGUUAAAUCGGUGGAACUGGAGUUGGAACUUACCAAAGAAAUGGUGGCACUCCUUCCUGCAAGGAUGGAGAGGCUAAGGCUGCAGCUAUCUUCCUUCUCCUAAGCAAUAGUGUGAAAUUUCACUAUUUAAAACAAUGUAUUAACCUAAUUUGCAGUGAAAUAAAUAUACAUAUGCCUGA